CUCUAUUUUCUUCUGAAACGCACCCAGCCUUCAUUUGCCUCUCUCCAGUGCAUCUCUUGUGUGCACAGAGAUACCUGGGCUAAGCGUCAAGAGAGAGGUUUAUAUUAAGUAUUCAAAUAUCAAGAGAAGACUUCAUCAGUAACAUGGACAAGUUCAACUUUUUAAGAGAAGGAAUGAUGAAAUUGCCUCCAGGUUUUCGUUUUCAGCCAACAGAUGAAGAGCUUGUCUUUGAGUACCUCAAACGUAAGGUCCUUUCAUGGCCGUUGCCUGCUUCAAUCAUCCCAGAGAUCAAUGUCUUCAAGUUUGACCCAUGGGAUUUGCCUGGUGAUAUAGAGCAAGAGAGGUACUUCUUCAGCAACAAAGAAGCCAAGUAUCCAAAUGGAAACAGAAUCAACAGAGCAACUGCUUCUGGUUUUUGGAAGGCGACUGGCGUAGACAGACAAAUAGGUUCUAGCAAGAACCAAGCAAUGGGAAUGAAAAAAACUCUGGUUUUCUAUAGAGGCAAGAAUCCCCAUGCGUCUAAAACUGAUUGGAUCAUGCAUGAAUAUCGCCUUGUUAGUGUAGGAAAUAUAGCUUGCAAUAAUUUUCAACCCACGAAGAACUCAUCCCAGAAUUCUUCUGAGCAAAUAGAGAAGUGGGUUCUAUGUCGAAUAUUUAUGAAGAAAAGGAAUAGUGAGAUUAAUCAGGCUUGUAAGGACGAGAGAAUAGAGAAUGUAGCUGUAAUGUCUCAUCAGCCCAGAUUUUUUGAUUUCUUGACGAGGGAGAAGAUAGUUUUUGAUUCUGUUUCGUCCUCUUCGUCGUCUUCAAGCUCAAGUAUCAUCACUGAGGUCUCUUCAAAUGGAGAGGAUCUCGGUGAAGAAAGCAGUAGUACUCGCAAUUUCUUCUGACCUGUUGUUAUUGCAAAAUAGAGCUAAAUUAGUAAACUUAUCCAGCUUUCUUCUUAAGCUUAUCUUGCUCGGCUCUUGUUUGUGAGGAAAAACGAAAGCAUCUUAUAUUUUUUAAUAUGAGCAAUAUUUCUUCGCAAA